AUGCUUUUGAAACUGGUUCGAGAUGUUCCAGAUUCUCUCCGUUACUUAGAUACUAAUCUGUCAAAAAAUCAAAUUGAUCCAUUUGUUGUUUUGUCAUCUCAGCGUGUUAUUGGCACCAUUGCAGGUGAUUCUUGUUCCAAAAGAACAUCUGUGUCAACACUGAAUCUUGUAUCUCCGGUUCUUUUUCCAUCAGCCUCAAUGAAAACUCAAUCUGUUUAUAUCUUACCUGCAGGUAAUAUCAGUGCAAAGAUACGUACAUCUUAUAAAGUUCACAUAAACGAAAAGAAAAAAGUGAUUUUACUGUCGUACCUACGCAGUGGUAGCACAUUCCUUGGGGAAAUGUUCAACCAACAUCCAUCCGUAUUUUAUUACUUCGAACCUUUGUAUCUUCUGGAUCACCCAGGAGCUUAUAGUGGUAUCCAGCCCUUAUUUCGUAGCAAAGUUCCGAAGGCAUUGAAGUUACUCAACCGUAUUUUGGAUUGCAAGAUAUCUAAGAACAAUGGAUUGAUUAAUGAUGACCUUGCUUUCAGAAGCAAGGCUUUAAGAGAAAUAUACGAUACGCCUGCGUGUAACAGCACAUUAACACGCUGUUUAGACAAGGCUUGCGAACAAAAGAAUGUUUCUGUAAUUAAGGUAAUGCGUCUUUAUUUGAACGAUUUACAGCCGCUGAUUGAAAGAAAUGAUCUCAAAGUGAUCAUCUUACAAAGAGAUCCUCGUGCACUCUUAUAUUCACGACGUCGCAAUAACCUCGGUGGUCGUUUAGAAAUUGAAGAUGACUUUCGAUUACAAGCUAGAAGCUUAUGUGCCCGGAUGUUGCAUGACGUUAAGAUGGCUAAGAAGAUUGCCUUUCUCACACAGAAAAAUUUCUAUAGGAUUGUUCUUCAAGAGCACUUUGUCACAAACCCCCAAAGUAUCAUCAAAAGUAUAUUCAGGUUCUUAGAAUUACCAAUUACAGAUAAACAAAUAAAAUCGCUUCUGGAAGUCUCUCACUUCCCAUUCCAACAAGGAGAGGGAACUCUGUAUAGAUGGGAUUGGAAAAAAGAAGUCCUGGCAAACGAAGUCGUCGCCAUAGAUAAAGUGUGUCAUUAUUUCUAUGAAAACUCUUUUUACAAAGCAAUAACAGAUGGCAAAAACGUCAAAAAUAAACACGAUAAACGUAAUUAUUAA